GUGACAAUUGUGUUGUUAUCGUUGCAUUCACGUCACGUGUGAUUGAGGUUAGGAAAUGGUUUUAUUCAAUUAAAUUGUACAAAAUAUCUCUAAAACUAGAUUAAAAUGAGUGAAAUAUUAAAGGAUAGCCGGUUUGCAAAAUACCUAAAUGACCCACGAUACCGUCAAAUACCUAAACAUGAGCGGAAAGUCAAAAUUGAUAAACGUUUCCAGUCUAUGUUUAAAGACGAAAAGUUUAAAGUGAAAUAUACUGUAGAUAAAAGAGGUAGACCAGUCAACGAAACUUCUACUGAAAAUCUACGCAAGUACUACGACCUUGAAGAAUCUGAUGAUGCAUCGUCAACUUCUGAAGAUGAAGAAAGUGAAUCGUCGAAAACCAAAAAAGAUGAUGAUAAUGAAAAAUCCGCACAGUCUGAUGAUGAAGCAGACGAAGAGGCGGAUACAUCGGGGCGCUUCGUGAAACGCCCGUCCAGUCGCGAUGAAGGAGAGCUGGCCGAGGAAGACUUGGUGAACAAUGACAAACUUAUCCGAGGCAAACUCGAUAAGAAAACUAAAAAGCGUUUGCUGGAUCUUGACAUUGAUUACGCCCGUGGUGAAGGGCUCCUGCAAACAGACAGCUCGUCCGAUGACGACAGCAGUGAGGAGGAGGAAGAGAGUGACUUGGAGCACGAGUGGGGGGAGCUGGAUGCCGAUGCCGGCUCCACUGAGGAGUCCACCAAGAGGCUUGCAAUCUGUAACCUGGACUGGGACAAUAUAAAAGCUGCUGAUAUUAUGGUACUGCUGAACUCAUUCCUGCCUCCUGGUGGGGUCAUUCUCAAAGUGACUAUCUAUCCCUCUGAGUAUGGCCUGCAGAGGAUGAAGGAAGAAGAGGUCAGAGGGCCGAUCGAGCUCACGGAGAAGGCGGCCGACGACGACCUGUCCGACGACGGAGGGAAUGAAGAGGGUUCAACCUACCACAUGGAGAAGCUCCGUCGCUACCAACUGAACCGGCUCAAGUAUUACUAUGCAGUAGUGGAGUGUGACAGCGCCGCCACGGCGGACGCGCUGUACGCAGAGUGCGACAACAUGGAGUACGAGAGCAGCGCCACGCGGCUCGACAUGCGAGUAGUGCCUGAUGACGUCACCUUCGAUCAGGAGCCUCAUGAAGUGUGCACGAAGCUGCCAGAUCUGGCCAAGUACAAGCCCCGACUCUUCACCACGACAGCCUUGCAGCAAGCCAAGGUGGAGCUAACGUGGGACGCCACUAACCCGAACCGCACGGAGGCGAUCCGCAGCGCGGCGGGCGGAGACCUCGCUGACCUUGACCUUCACGAGUACCUGGCCUCCAGUUCCGACGACGAUGACGACGAAGAACAACAAGAAAAAGCCGACAAAGAUUCCCAAUCAGACCAAGAAGAGGACGACCCCAUACAGAAGUACAAGAAGUUGCUUCUGGACAUCGAGCAGAAGGAAGAGAAGAAGAAGAAUAAAGACAUGGAGAUGGAGAUUAGCUGGGGGCUCGGCGUGAAGGACAAGGCGCAGGCGCUCGUCAAGCAGAAGAUGAAAGAAGAAAACAAGAACCUCACACCGUUUGAAAAGCUGAUAGAGAAGAAGAAAGAGAAAAAGAAACAGAAGAAAUUGGAGCGGAAACAGAAACUUAAUGAAAACACUUCAGACGGAGAGCAGGAGGAGGCGUCUGAUGACGACAUCCCGUCAGACGUAGACAUGAACGACCCGUACUUCGCUGAGGAAUUCAACAAACCAGAAUUCAAGAAAUCUAAAGACAAAAACAAAAAGAAAAAUAAACCGACUGAGGAAACAGAAGAAGACGAAAACGGAAAAGCUGAAUUAGAAUUACUACUAGAUGAUGAAGACGACGGCAAAGCACACUUCAGUCUCAAGAAGAUUCAAGAAGCAGAGGCCCCGUCGAAGAAGUCACGAAGGAAAAAGAAAAUGAAAGAAAAGAUGAUGGAACAAAAACAAACGCUACCAGACUUUGAAGUAGACGUAAACGACCAACGAUUUUCUGCGCUUUUCAACUCUCAUCACUACAACAUAGACCCUUCGGACCCUAACUUUAAGAAGACUAAAAACAUGGAACGUUUGAUACAAGAGAAAUUAAAACGGAGGCCAGUUGAUACGCCGGCCACAGAAGAACAACCUGCAAAGAAAUCUAGAGAGGACGCGGAAAUGAGCAUUUUAGUUAAAAAUAUUAAAAGAAAGACAAAAGAUGCUAUGAAAAAAUAAAUGUUUUGAGAAGUUA